AUGUUGGAGAAUAAUUGUACCAUGCCGACUGAGUUCCUACUUGUUGGAUUCACAGAUUAUCUACCUCUCAGAGUUACACUAUUCUUGGUAUUUCUCAUAGUCUAUACACUAACUGUGGUGGGAAAUGUAGGUUUAAUAAUCCUAGUUAAUAUCAGUUCAAGCCUUCAAACCCCCAUGUAUUAUUUUCUCAGCAACUUGUCUUUUUUAGACAUUAGCUACUCAACAGCAAUCACUCCUAAAAUGCUGGUAAAUUUCUUAGCAUCCAAGAAAAGCAUUUCCCUCCCUGGCUGUGUGCUACAGAUGUUUUUCUUUGGUUGUUUUGCUGAUGCUGAAUGCCUUAUCCUGGCAGCAAUGGCCUAUGACCGCUAUGCAGCCAUCUGCAAUCCACUGCUCUAUUCUGCUCUUGUGUCUCGGAGAGUCUGUGUCUGCUGCAUUGUAUUGGCAUACUUCAGUGGGGGUGUGACUUCAAUGGUCCAUGUCUGCCUCACAUUCAGGCUGCCAUUUUGUGGUACCAAUAUCAUCAACCAUUUUUUCUGUGAUAUCCCGCCUCUCCUGGCUUUAUCCUGUACAGACACCUAUAUCAACGAACUUCUGCUCUUUGCCUUGUGUGGCUUCAUCCAGACCAGCACUUUUGUGGUCAUCUUUAUCUCGUACUUCCGUAUACUCCUCACUGUAUUGAGCAUCAAGUCCUCAGGUGGAAGAAGCAAAACGUUCUCUACCUGUGCCUCCCAUCUCUUGGCAAUCACCUUAUUCUAUGGAACACUCUUGUUUAUGUACUUGCGUCCCACUACCAGCUACUCCCCAGAAACUGACAAAGUAGUUGCAGUGUUUUAUACGGUUGUCUUUCCCAUGUUUAAUCCAAUAAUCUACAGCUUCAGAAACAAAGAUGUAAAAUAUGUCCUCAGAAAGCUAUUGGACAGAACUGGGACUCUCAAAUGA